AUUAUAGUAAAUCUAUAUUUUUCUCAAUCCCACCAUAAAACUAAACAUAGGAUAAGUACUCAGGGGAGUUGAUGCAAUAUCAAGUUUAACUUUAAAGACCUGAGUCAAUGACUGGUCGAGUAAUAGACACUAAUCUUAUUCUUUUUAAGGAAAAAAAGAUGUAGUCGUCGUUGUCCUAGACUCAUCCCAAAGACUUUUGCGUCAACCCUUAGGAGGAGGUAAAGGCCAUCUUCCAUUUCAAGUCCGAAUUCUUUUAAGUGCACAAUUACUUUCUAGUUUCUAUGCAGUAUACUACACACUCCACAAACUCAUUCAAUCACUUACACCAACUCACACGCAAAAAUAAAAUCAUAAAAAGCAAAAUCAAACAACACAAUAGAACUAUGUAACUUAACAACAUAACCAAAACAUGAUCCAUCUAAAACAAAUGCAGCACUUCAAAUCCUCUACCACCUAUGUUAUUCUUUCCUUUGCACUAAUUAUAACAACAACUCAAGCAGCAACAGACCAAACCUUCAUCCAGAGUUACUGUCCAAGUAAAAACACUUUUUCUCCAAACACUACCUACCAAACAAGCCUCAACAAACUUCUUUCUCUCCUUUCAUCCAAUUCCACCAACAAAAACGGCUUUUACUACACCACCACCACUAACAACCCCGAAAACACCGUAUACGGCGCUUUCCUCUGCCGUGGAGAUCUCAAACCAAACGAAUGCAAAGACUGUGUUUCCAUAGCAUCAAAAGAAAUCCUUCAACACUGUCCUAAUGGAAAAGAAUCAGUUGUUUGGUUAGCUGAAUGCAUGAUACGUUACUCAAACGUUUCUUUCUUAAAUGAAGCUUCUGAAGUUCCUGUUUUUGAUCUCAUGAACACUGGAAGUGUAAUGGAGCAGAGCAGGUUCAUGCAACUGUUAGCAGACACCAUGAACGCCGCGGCGGCUGAGGCGGCAAACGGUGGAAGUGACAAUAAGUUUGGAACAAAAGAAGCAAAUUUUUCUAGCUUCCAAACUUUAUACACACUUGCACAGUGUACACCUGAUUUGUCAAAGUCAGGUUGUGAAAAAUGUCUUACAAUAGCAACUACACAAUUACCCUCUUGCUGUAAUGGAAAACAAGGUGGAAGAGUGCUUAUUCCUAGUUGUAAUAUUAGGUAUGAGUUUUAUCCAUUUUAUCAUGAGUUGAAUGCUCCUGCUCCUGAAGAACCAAGGCCAAAUUCACAAGGAAAGAAAUCCAAGAAUUCUAUACUGAUAAUUGUUGCAAUUGUAGCACCAAUUGGGCUUGUUUUGCUGCUUACCUUGUUUGUCUACUGGAUCCUAUCUGAAGGGAAAAGAAAAAAUUACAAUUCAGUGACUGAAGAAAGUGUUCAAAUCUCUAGGGUUGAAUUCUUGCAAUUUGAUUUUGAUACCAUCGCCGCAGCCACGGACAACUUCAGUAAUGAGAAUAAAUUAGGGGAAGGAGGAUUUGGUGAGGUUUACAAGGGUAUGCUAUUUAAUGGACAAGAGAUUGCUGUGAAGAGGCUGUCAAGAAGUUCUGGCCAAGGCAUAGAAGAAUUCAAGAAUGAGGUGGUUUUGGUAGCCAAACUACAGCACAGAAAUCUUGUUAGGAUUCUAGGGUUUUGCUUGGAUGGUGACGAAAAGAUGCUCAUUUAUGAAUUCAUGCCCAAUAAAAGUUUGGACUAUUUUCUAUUUGAUUCUGAAAAAUCACAUCAGAUCAAUUGGCUAAGACGAUACAAGAUAAUAGAAGGAAUUGCGCGAGGAAUACUUUAUCUUCACGAAGACUCUCGACUUAGAAUCAUACAUCGUGAUCUUAAAGCUAGUAAUAUAUUAUUAGAUGAGAAUUUAAAUCCUAAAAUUUCAGACUUUGGGAUGGCAAGAAUUUUUGGUGUUGAUCAAACUCGAGGAAUCACAAAUAGAGUUGUUGGAACAUUUGGUUACAUGUCUCCGGAAUAUGCAAUGCAUGGAGAGUUUUCUAUCAAAACAGAUGUGUAUAGCUUUGGUGUCCUUGUUCUUGAGAUAAUAACCGGAAAGAAGAUCACAUCUUUCCGUGAAUCUGGCUAUGCUGAGGACCUGUUGAGCUAUGCUUGGAAAAAAUGGAAAGAUGGGGCAGCAUUGGAGUUGUUGGACAUAACAUUAAGAGAUUCAUACUCAAGAGAUGAAGUGAGAAGAUGCAUCCAUGUUGGAUUAUCAUGUGUUCAAGAAGAUCCAGUUGAAAGACCAUCCAUGCAAACAAUAGUUCUAUUACUAAGUAGCCAAUCUGUUACUCUUGAAGCACCCAAACAACCUGCGGGUUAUAUUAAUAGCAAAAGUGAUCAACAAAGUUAUCCAACUAGAGAGUUUGAGAAUUCAGAUAAGUCUACAACUAAAACCCAAUCUGUUACAGCUUCUGUUGAUGAAGAAUCAAUUACUCACGUGUACCCUCGAUAGUGCUUGGUAUACCAAAACUUAACUUGGAAUUAUAUCAACCAAAUUCUUUGCUGUAUCAAUGAAAUCUUCAGACAAAAAUAAAAAUAAAUUGAAUGUCUAA